AGGAAACAGCCCCCGGCCCAGACGGAACAAAAACAAUAGUCUUGUCGGUGUAACGGCCUCAUAGGUCGGUGAAACCUGAUCUUGUUAAUACUGUAGAGGGAGUCGCAGGACACAAAUACACUCGGGCACCGAUGUGCAAAAGCUUGAGGAAACACAAUGGAAAACUAUGAGAAAAUACUGAAGAUUGGUAGAGGGGCAACAGCUGAAGUCUUUCUCAUGAGAAAUUUGAAAACCAGGAAACUGUAUGCUGUAAAAAAGAUCAAGAUAGAUGCUUCCAAGCAAAUGAGAACCAAAGCGUCUGUUCUUCAAGAAGCUACUAUUUUGAGCAAAAUUGUCCACCCCCAUGUGGUAACAUGCCAUGAAUACUUUUGUGACCUAGAAGAUGAGCAUGUAUUCAUUGUUCAGGACUACUGUGAUGGUGGGACACUGGAUGAUCACAUCAAAGAAAGAAAAGGCACACUUUUCCCAGAAGGCACCAUUAUGCAUUGGUUUAUUCAGUUGACCAUGGCUGUCCAGUAUAUCCAUUCAAUGAAAAUUCUUCACAGAGAUAUUAAAACAUCUAAUGUCUUUCUCACCAAAAAGGGCUUGGUUCGGCUUGGAGACUUCGGAAUUUCUAAGAUAAUGAGUAGCACUGUGGACAUGGCAAGUACAUGUGUUGGAACACCAUAUUACCUAAGCCCAGAGCUUUGCCAGGAUAUCCCUUACAGUUCGAAAUCAGAUAUAUGGGCCCUUGGAUGCCUCCUUUAUGAGAUAUGUGCUUUAAAACCAGCUUUUGAUGCUACCAACUUAAUAAGUCUCUUCUACAAAAUUGUAAAGGGGGAGUAUUUUCCUUUGCCCGAAUGUUACUCACCAGACUUGCAUAACUUAGUUAAAGUAAUUCUGGAAAAGUGUCCUGAAUCCAGACCUAGUGCAAAUUGCAUCCUGAACUUUUCUUUCGUUCAGGAACAUUUGAAACAAUUUAUAGAAAAGCAUGAAUCACAAUUGUUUAAGCAAAUUCUGGAAAAGAAAGACUACAAAGAUAAUGUUAGUUUAUCAGAAAUUCUGAGCAAAACUUCACUAGCUCAAGAUGAUAUGACUAAAGACGACUUUAGGUGUAAGUCAGCUCCACCAAAUUCCUAUACACCUAACGUCAGCUCAUGUGAACUGUGGGAACAGGGAGAGAUGUCCAGUACUGGAGACAAAUCAGACUAUUCUGAGGACUUUGACAAUGACAGUCUGUCAUCAGUAGAGGAAGACCUAGAGGAGGAACAUUAUCAUCCAUGCCAGAAUGAGGAUAUCCCUGAAGACAUAGGUUUAAAUAUGGAUGAUAAUGAUGUUCCGGAUUACCCUGAUGACUUUGAGGAGUCUGAGGGAAACACCCUAGAGAUGGUUGUAAGCCAUGCCCGGUCAGCUAUGGAUGUUCGCCCAGAGAACGAAACCUUCCAAGAGGACACUGAAGACCAGGAAGGCAUCUCCUUAUCAAAAACACUCAAAACAAUUCGCCAACAGUAUAUAGGAGAUGUUGGACACACUCUGUAUGAUGAGAUCUCAAACCAUUUUCUAAAAGGCUUGACACCCAAAGAUCUCCAGCCCCAGUUUGAACACAAGAUGGGACCAGACAGGCUUGAAACCUGCUAUAUCCUCUUCAACAUGGACCAGGAGACACCCUCAUGACCACUAAAAACAAUUUUUUGGAGGAAGCUUUGUGCUGCCCACAGAAGUUGCAAUUCAAGAAUGUAGGCCAUACGUUUCCAUGCAGUUUAAGUGAUUUUUAAGAAAGAAAGUCUGUAUUAAACCCAUUUGGCUGCUUCAA